UCCACAACACCAACAUCAGCUACCACAACAGUUGCCCCCUCAACCACAACACCAGCGAUAUCAACUACAUCAGUUGCCCCCUCAACAACAACAGCAAUUGCCUCCUCCACCCUAAUAACCAGCAAUCCCUCAACUUCAACAACCAGCAACCCUCCAACUUCAAUAAUCAGCUUCCUACCUUCUAGCACAACCAGUGCAUCCUCUUCAACAACAGCCAACUCAUUUUCAACGACAAGUGGUCCCCCCUCAACCACAACCCCAGUCACCCCCUUGACUUCAACAACAGAUGCCCCCUCCACCACAACAGCAAUUGCCUCCUCCACCCUAAUAACCAGCAAUCCCUCAACUUCAACAACCAGCAACCCUCCAACUUCAAUAACCAGCUUCCUACCUUCUAGCACAACCAGUGCAUCCUCUUCAACAACAACCAAUUCAUUUUCAACCACAAGUGGUCCCCCCUCAACCACAACCCCAGUCACCCCCUCGACCUCAACGACAGAUGCCCCCUCUACCACAACAGCACUGAGCUCUAGCCUAGCAAGCAGCAACCCUUCAACUACAACAACCAACACCCUUCCGACCACAACUGGUUCUUUCUCCACUACACCCACCAGCUCCUCAUCAACCAUGACCCCUGAUGCACCUUUGGCUACAACAACAGAUGUCCCCUCUACCACAGCAAUAGUGGUUUCCUCUUCCACAACAGUAGAUCCCUCUACCACAGCAACAGUGCCCCCUGCUACAACAACAUCAGGGCCCCUUUUAACGUCAACAACUAGCAACCCCUCAACUACAACAGGCUUCCCCUCAACUAUGACUGUCAGCCCCUCAUCAACCUCAACAACCAAUAUCCCUAUUACCAGUACAAGUUUUGCUUCAACCACAAGCCCUGAUGCUACCUCGACCACAAAAAAUGUGGGCUCUUUAAGCACAACAGCUAUUGCCCCCUCUACCCUAAUAACCAGCAAUCCCUCAACUUCAACAACCAGCAACCCUUCAACUUCAAUAACCAGCUUCCUACCUUCUAGCACAACCAGUGCAUCCUCUUCAACAACAGCCAACUCAUUUUCAACGACAAGUGGUCCCCCCUCAACCACAACCCCAGUCACCCCCUUGACUUCAACAACAGAUGCCCCCUCCACCACAACAGCAAUUGCCUCCUCCACCCUAAUAACCAGCAAUCCCUCAACUUCAACAACCAGCAACCCUUCAACUUCAAUGACCAGCUUCCUACCUUCUAGCACAACCAGUGCAUCCUCUUCAUCAACAACCAAUUCAUUUUCAACCACAAGUGGUCCCCCCUCAACCAAAACCCCAGUCACCCCCUCGACCUCAACGACAGAUGCCCCAUCUACCACCACAGCACUGACCUCUAGCCUAGCAAGCAGCAACCCUUCAACUACAACAACCAACGCCCUUCCGACCACAACUGUUUCUUCCUCCACUACACCCACCAGCUCCUCAUCAACCAUGACCACUGAUGCACCUUUGGCUACAACAGCAGAUGUCCCCUCUACCACAGCAAUAGUGGUUUCCUCUUCCACAACAGUAGAUCCCUCUACCACAGCAACAGUGCCCCCUGCUACAACAACAUCAGGGCCCCUUUUAACUACAACAGGCUUCCCCUCAACUAUUACUGUCAGCCCCUCAUCAACCUCAACAACCAAUAUCCCUAUAACCAGUGCAACAAGUUAUGCUUCAACCACAAGCCCUGAUGCUACCUCGACCUCAACAAAUGUUGGCUCUUCAAGCACAACAAUAGAUGCCCCCUCCACCACAACAGCAAUUGCCUCUUCCACCCUAAUGACCUGCAAUCCCUCAGCUUCAACAACCAGCUACCCUUCAACUUCAAUUACCAGCUUCCUAGCUUCUAGCACAACCAGUGCAUCCUCUUCAACAACCAACUCAUUUUCAACCUCAAGUGGUCCACCCUCAACCACACUCCCAGAUACUCCCUUGACCUCAACGACUGAUGCCCCCUCUACCACAACAGCAUUUACCUCCUCAAGCCUAGCAACACGCAACCCUUCUACUACAACAACCAACGCCCUUCCAACCACAACUGGUUCUUCCUCCACUACAACCACCAGCUCCUCAUCAACCAUGACACCAGAUGUCUCCUCUACCACAACCGCACUGCCUGCCUCAACCACAAUGUCUAUCUCAACAACAACGAAUGUCCUCCAAACAACAACCGGUUUCCUUUCAUCCAGCACAACCAGCAUCGCUUCUACUACCACCAGUGCACACCCAACCACUACCAGUGUACCUCAGACUACAACCAGUGCUCCCCUCACCGUCACCAGUGCACUGCCUACUUCUACCAGUGUGCUUCUCACCACAACUAGUGGCCCCUUUACGACCACUGGGCUUGGCUUGACAACAACAGGCAGUAACCCCUUAACGACCACAAUGGACAGCUCACUAACCACCAGCGACACGUCCUCUUUCUCCUCCUCCACGAUGGCAGUCUCCUCUACAACGACAUAGAGAAUUGAUAUUAGGCAACUUGGAAAUGUGACACAAGCACUUUUUAAUCAAUUGUAAAAAAGUAAAAAAAAUUCCAGAAUAUAUUGAACAUUGACUUGUACAUUUCCCUAUAUUUUUACUUAAUGUUGGUAUAUCUUUUACAUAAACCUGACCUGAAUCAUUUA